AUGUGUUGGUCGAGCCGGACCACGCACACGCCCAGCCACCCAUCUCCAACCCGCGCCCGAAUUCCCUGCCCGCCGCCAUGCUCUCUGCUCCUCCCCCCGCCCGCCGCCACGCUCGCCGCCGUCGGAAACCACCUCCCCGCUGCCCGCUGCCCUCCUCCUGAAUCCCCUGCUCCCCCUCCACCUCUGCAGCACCUCCCCACCGCCACCUCCACCUCCCCCGAGCUCCCCUCCACCUCCCCCGAUCUCCCAUGCUGCCAGCAGCAGCCCCCUCCUCGUUGCCGCCCCUGCAGCGCGCCGGCCUCCAUCUCCACCCUGAGCCCCCGUCCGAGCUGCUCCCCCUCCUCGUCGUCGCCCCUGCAGCGCGCCGGCCUCCAGCUGUCGGCCUUCUCCGCCGUCCUCCUCCCCCGAGCCUGCCCCUGGCCAAAGGUGGCUGAGGCAACACCUGGGGUGGUGCUUCAUGAUCCCGAGUUAUAUGACAUGAUGUGGACGAAGAAGAAGCCCGAUCCCGCAUUGCCUUAG